CAUUCAGCCUCUUCAUGCUCAAGCUAACUUAUUACCAUGCUAGAGGCUGCUGCGACGCAAUUCGCCUCAUCCUCGCCCAGUCCGGUACUCCAUACGUCGAAGUAAACAUCACCGGUGCGGAGUUCAUCCUCAUCAAACCAAAACUCACCUUCUCAGUCAUUCCUAUGCUCGAGGACGGCCACUUGACUCUGCACCACCAUAACUGCAUCACGCGCUACCUGGCGCACCGGUUCAACCUGUCCGGUGAAACUCCAGAGGAGGAGGCGCUAUGCGAUAUGUGGAAUGAAGAGUGCGACAAUCUGUUGCAAAACCUAUGGAGGGCAGAUUGGGAGGGCGAGGAAAGCGUGGCCAUGAGACAAAUCAAACAGGCUUAUUUUCAAAAGGAGAUUAAGCCCUGUCUCGCAGAAAUGAAUGAGGCGCUGUCGCAUCUGUCCACACCCUAUUUGGUCGGCAACCGGCUGACUUACGCUGAUAUUGUACUGAAAUCUGCUCUGGAUUCAAUAGAAAGAGUUCUGAGUCCGGAAUCAAAUGUACUCCGAGUCGUUUUUGAUGAAUUUCUACUUCUAGGGCUUCACUAUUCUCAUAUUUCCGAACUGCCAAAAAUCAAAUCUUUUUGUGCAUCUGGAAAGAGAUUUUGA